GGGGCCUCGGGCCGAGCGCAGCAAACGACAUGACGAACACAACUACCACAGAGCCUGAACUGAACAUCGAGCAGAUCCCAGACAAGUACAUCGGCUACAUCAUGCACUUCAUGCUCAAGUUCCAGAACGACACUUCCGAGUUCGGCAAGCCACAACUGCGGCGCACCUUCCGCUCCUCGUACCCGUUGUUCCUCGUGUUGUACGGGUCGCUGUUCGUGUCAUCCCUUAUCGCCAACGGGUGGAUGGUUCUACACAUUUACCGCGAGAAACGGCCGCGGGAGACAGUGUGUGUGUACCUUUUUGCCAACGCACUUAAUGACAUCUUCAAGCUGCUCGUAGUGAUGCCCAUCUCUCUUGUGACCCUCUUUCUGCACAACUGGGUCUUCGGCAGUUUCCUGUGCUUCGCGUCACCCAUUGUCCAAGAUUUUCCUUUCUACUUGACCUUGCUGACAUUCGUAGCAAUCGCUUGCGACCGGUACCGGUACGCUAUGAACCCGAUGAAGCGCCAGAUACCACCGCUGCUGUGCCUACUGGGCGUCUGUCUUGUGGCAGGCAUCCUAACUCUGCCGUACGCUGCUUACACCAAGUUCCUCGACUUGCAGCAGUACUUGGGGUAUCAGUUCCGAGGCACAGGUAUCUGUGCCAUUAACCUGACGGAGAACAUUGAAGAGUACAUCCGCGGCUUGUUCAUAGUUCUGUACGCGCUACCCGUCGCACUGGUCAUCUACCUGCACGUGAAGGUCACCGUAGAAAUCAAAGCCCAGGAGACUUCGUUGGCCUUGCAUGCCACCUAUCGACGCGAGAGCAACGGUGAAGAGGCGUCCGUCUGCUCCGUGGCGUCGUCCAUGGCACCCGAGUCCGUGUACAGCACGCGCUCGUGCGCCACUUUUCCCGUGGCCACGCGUGACCCGUCGGUGCACAGGCGCCGCUCCUCGCCCCCCGCCGCCGGCGACGCGCUCGACUGGCUCAAGGAGCGCCGCACGCAGAACACCGUCAUGAUGAUGGUCACGGUGUACGCCGUGUGCCUGCUGCCGCUCAACGUGCUGCGCCUCAUCGUGCACGUUGUCCACGAGGGCCCAGAGCAUAGCGUUCACUUUGACCUGUCCUUCGCGUUCGCUGUCCUCAUCGCCUUCCUGCCCACGCUGGGCACGCCCUACCUGUUCCGUGUGUGGCGACUCAGCCUGGACGCCUGCCAGUACCGCAAGCUGAGGCGCCGCAACAAAGGGCGCUGCGACUCCAGGGCCUGAGCAGCUGAAUGUCGUAUGCGGCAGCAGGAAGGCUCCGGCGAAAUGUCCCCAGGAGACAAGCGGAAGGGCCGCCGUUUGGACGAACAUUUGCGCAAUGCCAGGUGGUCCUUCACCCGGUGCCAUCGGACAGCAGCUGUUACCUCCAGCUUUUGUUUUUUACAAUAUCCUGCCUUCUGCGGUGCUCGUGAGGAUUAAGUGAUGGGGUUUUACGUGCCAAAACCACUAUCUAAAAAUUCGGGCCACCUGGGGUUCUUUAGCGUGCACCUAAAUCUAAGUACACGGCUGUUUUCGCAUUUCGCCCCCAUCGAAAGGUGGCCGCCGUGGCCGGGAUUUGAUCCCGCGACCUCGUGCUUAGCGCUUAGCAGACCGACACCAUAGCCACUAAGCAACCACGGCGGGUGGUGCUCGCUGGGUAAAUGGGACACAGUCAACGGCACCGACGUGAACUGCACGAGGCGGAUACUGUCCCGUAUGCAAACGCAGCGACAUUGGUACUUUGGUUGUGCACCGGGAAGCAGAGCCCUUGUUCACAAAAUAUCAACAAUUAGCAGUAUGCCAAAGGCAAGAGGCACGUACGAAUGAAAAAAGCUCUUGGAAUUCGGCCCCUUUUAAUGCGCCCACUCAUUUGGUUUGAUUGACAACGUGCGAGGGAUCCAGCCAGUCUGCGAACAGUGGGGCUUUUAACUGGCUGCCACAGCGAGUAAAACCGUGCGUGUGUGUUGCCAACAUCAUUGCGGUAAUGAUUGCAGCAGCAGGUGGCAAUGAGUGCCUAUGCUACACGCACCCUCUAGUUGUGGUCACUAAGAGCACAAUAAAAAGGACCCACGUUGAAAGUCAGCUGGCUGUGUGACCGCGACGUAUUUGCGCCGUGUAUUGCAUCCAUGUAAAACAAAAAAUAAGUGGUAAGCAGAGUUGCUUUGUAUUAUUGCAGCAUAAGGAUUGUUUGAAAUGCUACGCGCACGUUUGAAACAUAGCUGCAUGUGGUUGGUCUAUCUCUGUCUUUGGUGCAGCGUGCAAGAGUCACUGAAGAAUGGCAGAAAAAAAGCACUGCUUGGGAACAAAAUUGCAUUUCUCACCCAUUCCUGCGCGACAUAUUUAGCGUUCGUAUAACAAAGGCGUUUUACACAGUUAACUGGAGCCAUUUACAAAGUAUGGGCAUCUUUGCGGCAGCAGUCGGACAAAGCGUAUUUUGUACUCUUCUGAGAACUCUCAGGCUGCAAAAGGAGCGGUAUUGUGGCCGUUCAUGUGCCACCUCCCUUUGUAUCUUCGGUACUGAGGCAGCCUCUCUCCCCCUCCUCCAUAUGAAGAAUAUUUCCCACACACUUCCAGCGCGCAACGCUGAGGCUCAAGACAUGUGCCAUGUUGUUUCAGCGAUAAAUUGACAGUUCACCUGUUCGUUGAGAGCGGUGUGAAAGCAGAAAUAUGGUCGCAACAUUGUACGUUGGAGGUGAUUGUAGUUCAACGUUUCUUCGGCUGUUGUUGGUGCGUAGUGCUAGACAUUGGUGUUGUCACCAUUUUAAUCUUUAUGUUUUGCGUGGUGCUUUUACAGAGCACUGGGUUUCUGUAAUGCGGUGAUGCGUACGUACUUGCAAUAUUACAACAAUGCGGAAAUAUUUUUUUGUAUCGACCGUUACUUCAAAGUGAUCAAUAAAGCCAUGAUGGAUAUA